AGUUGUCACCGCCGCUGUAUAUGGCAGGACAGGCCCAGGCCCCGAGGCCAGGCACCAACAAUAACGUCAUGUACCGGGCGGAUCACCUUCAGGUCACCCCCGGAGCCCACCUCCCUGUCGCCGCCUGCAGCCGGAGCCGUGCAGCUCGCGCUGCAGUCCGCGUCCGGGCGCCCCCAGCGACACUCUUCCCCCGCCGCUGCGCAUGACGCUCUCUCACUAUGUGCAGGUACACGGGCCACUGCCCAAUGCUCAAGUUCCGCUUCGGAAAGCCGUACGGCGCCAACACCAAGGACAUUCUAAAGCUCCGUGAGUGCGCCAGCCCCGGGUCCAGGGCGCUCCACCGCUACGGCGAGCCGCACUUCCCCAACGAGUUCCCGCUGCGCCGCGUCCACAGCGAGGAGCCCGGCGGGCUGCGCAGCCGCGCGCCGCAGCUCGCCUCGCAGAGGGCGCGGCCCUUCGUCCUGGGCUACACGGGCUUCAUCCCCGGCAUGACGUUCCGCUUCGGCACGUCCUUCGGGCGCGCGGCGGACGCGGCCCUGGCGCUGAUGCACGCGCGGUCGGCCGAGCAGGCGGGCCGCAGGGCGCGGGAGGCGCGCGACGUGCACGCCCACCCCCCGCCACCGCAGCUCAGCAUCCGCGGCCGGGACGUGGUGCCCGAGGCCAUCGCCCAGCCCGACGCCUUCGCCGAGGAUCGCUACAAAGACAGCCACAUCUCGGCGGCCCUGCCGCCCAUCGCCGGGUACACGGGCCACAUCCCGCGCCUCAAGGGCACGGAGGCCAGCCUCUCGCAGCGCUACCACACGGCCGUGACGCGGGGGCUGCGCAUGCUGGAGCAGGAGCAGCUCUCGUACCGGGGCUCCGCGUCCGGGACACCCCGCGCGACCAGCAGGACGCUCCCCUACAACGCCGCGCAGCCGUGAAGCAGGGCCUCGCCGGCUCCUUGCUGAAGGCCCUGCUGAGCGCGGCCCACGCCCGGCCGCCGGCCAGUGCCCCGCCUCAGGGGUGCCUGUAGGGCCGAGCUUGGGCCGAGCCCAGACACUCCUCACAGCGGGAGUUCUCAAACCCGGGAGUGCGUCCGAAAAGGUCAGGUGUGAGUGAGAGGGGGACGGUGGUCCAGGUGGAGCAUCUCGCUCGCACCUGAGACGUAACUCGGGUGCCCGAGCCAGCUCGAUUAGAGGUUUUGUACCGGGGGUCUCACAGCGGACACGGCAGUGUUGCGGGUGUAAGGCGCCGUAGCCCCUCCUGUGGCCCGAGCGAGUAUGCAGUCCCGCAACACUGCAGAACCGGCUCUGAGUGAACAGCAAAUCGCCUACCAUUCGGGUGGCUUCUUAGGGCUGACUGGGGG